GGACAGCUGGCUAGCAAAGAAUCGGUGUGCCCUCAGUGCAGCUCAGGAUAUAAAAGGACUGCCCUUCAGCAUCGGAGCUCAAGCACUCACUCCUCAUCCAACGAAUCCAUCAAAGUCCCAGAACAACCAGCACAAACUACAUCCUCAAAACUCCUAUCAACCAAUCCCUGCCUAACCAAAAUGGUUUCUGUAGUCGCCCUGAUCACUCUCCUGUCUGUCGUCUUUGCUGUUUCACAUGGCAAAGAAGUCGCCAACAAUAACGAAAAAGCGCUCGACGCGAAGUUCUAUAUCGGGCUAGACGCCGGGUUUUGCGGCGGCGGUUGGCUGUCUAGCAGAUGCUCAUGGGUCAACUCCUACGUCAACAGCUUUUCGACGGGCUGCUUCGGUGUUAACUUCAUGGGCAACUGGAAUUAUAACGGCGGGAUCUUCAUCAAGGCCGUCGACUCUCCGACCCAACAUAGUCGACGAGCCAUCAGCCUCGAUGCCGAUCAACUCUUCCGCAGAGCAGACGACACCCAAGUCAAGUGUAUCAACGAGAAGGGAGAAUCUCAGAUGUUCUUGAAAGAGGACUGCGCUAAGGCCGCCCACCAACUCGCCGAGAAUAAGGAGUCCACCGCCACCGUCGGCGGUGAAAGUAAAAUCUCCUGA